AUGCUAAGCUCUCUAUGUGAUUAUACACUCAAUUCCUCCACUAUAAACUUGCCAAAUAAUUAUUCUUCUCCACUUGUUUCUUUGGGAUUACAACCAAAUUUUCUUCCAAACGAAGGAAUUAUUUUGCCCCAAAUAUUGACUUACACAUUAUUCUUGGUUUUGAUUAUUGCGAGAUGGAUGUUGCCUAGAUUUGAGUUAAAUAGAGAAGAAUUGUCACAGAUAUUGCUUGCUUAUAUGGUGAUUUUUCGAUUAACUAAAGGCAGGAGGGCCAUAACAACUGAUAUUCUCGAAUUUGCCGGUCUAUUAAAUAGGUCUACAGUUUGUGCAGACUCUUCACUCAAAAUGUCAAUACUCAGUGCUUUUGCGCUUUCACUAAUCCAAUUUGCUUUCAUAUUGACAGCCAGUCGUUCUCGUAAAAUGAGAAUUGCUGUGGCUACUAAAAUUUUGUUAAGUACAAAUAGGCAUGAUUUUAGACAGGCAUUUUUCGACUUGGACAUUUGGUCGCUUCUAAUAUCCUUGGCAUGCCAGGAUUUACCCUUUUUAAUUGUUCGUCUGAUUGUUUUGGGCUGGCUUUGGGAAGCUGAUUUUGCUUUAAUUUUGUUUAUUUCAAAAAAUAUUUUGAUUAUUCUUUUGGAGAUUUACAGGUGCUUAUUAAAGUUAAAUUUUAUAUGGAAGGAGGGCUAG